UGUCAGAAAAAAGAAGAAUUUAUUGAAAGAAUCCAAGGUCUGGAUUUUGACACUAGAGCAGCUGUUGCAGCCCAUAUUCAAGAGGUAACUCAUAAUCAGGAAAAUGUGUUUGAUCUGCAGUGGAUGGAUGUCAUUGUAUUGACGCAAGAGUAUGUUGAACCUCUCUUGAAAAAUAUGGCAUUACAUUUAAAAAGACUUAUAGAUGAAAGAGAUGAGCACUCAGAGGUUAUCAUAGAACUCUCAGAAGAACGGGACUGUCUCCGUUUUCUACCUCACGCAUCGACAGCACAAUCACCUUGUGGAUCUCCUGGCAUGAAACGCACUGAAAGCAGACAGCACCUGUCAGUAGAGCUAGCAGAUGCCAAAGCAAAGAUAAGGCGGCUUAGGCAAGAGCUUGAGGAAAAGACUGAGCAGUUGCUUGACUGUAAACAAGAACUUGAACAGAUGGAAGCUGAACUAAAGAGACUUCAGCAAGAGAAUAUGAAUUUACUCUCAGAUGCCCGUUCUGCCAGAGUGUAUAGAGAUGAAUUAGAUGCUCUUCGUGAGAAGGCAAUUCGAGUCGACAAGCUUGAAAGUGAAGUCAGCCGGUAUAAAGAGAGGCUGCAUGAUAUUGAAUUCUACAAAGCUAGAGUGGAGGAGUUAAAGGAAGACAAUCAAGUGUUGCUAGAAACAAAGACAAUGUUGGAAGAUCAGUUAGAGGGGACCCGAGCCCGUUCUGAUAAAUUACAUGAGUUAGAAAAAGAGAAUCUGCAAUUAAAAGCUAAAUUACAUGAUAUGGAGAUGGAGCGUGAUAUGGACAGAAAGAAGAUUGAGGAACUCAUGGAGGAAAAUAUGACUCUAGAAAUGGCUCAGAAACAAAGUAUGGAUGAAUCAUUGCAUCUUGGCUGGGAACUUGAGCAGAUAAAUAGGACUACUGAACUUUCUGAAGUGCCACAGAAAUCACUUGGUCAUGAAGUAAAUGAACUGACAUCAAGCAGGUUACUGAAGUUGGAAAUGGAAAACCAAAGUUUGCUGAAGACAGUGGAAGAACUACAAAGUGCAGUGGGUUCUGUAGAAGGCAGUAGUUCAAGGAUUCUGAAAAUGGAAAAAGAAAACCAAAGACUUAGCAAAAAGCUUGAAGAGCUAGAGAAUGAAAUUAGCCAGGAGAAACAAAGUCUUCAGAACAGUCAAAAUUUGAGUAAAGAUUUAAUGAAAGAAAAAGCACAGCUUGAAAAGACACUUGAAGCACUUCGAGAAAACUCAGAGCGACAAAUUAAGCUAUUAGAACAAGAAAAUGAACAUUUGAAUCAAACUGUAGCAUCUCUACGACAACGCUCACAAAUCAGUGCUGAAGCGAGAAUGAAAGAAAUUGAAAAAGAGAAUAAAAUCCUUCAUGAGUCUAUUAAAGAGACCAGCAGUAAGUUAAAUAAGAUUGAAUUUGAAAAAAAGCAAAUCAGGAAAGAACUGGAACACUAUAAAGAAAAAGGGGAGAGAGCAGAAGAACUUGAGAAUGAGCUGCAUCAUCUGGAGAAGGAAAAUGAAUUAUUACAGAAAAAAAUUACUAACUUAAAAAUUACUUGUGAGAAGAUUGAGGCCUUAGAACAAGAAAACUCAGACCUGGAAAUGGAAAACAGAAAACUGAAAAAAACUUUGGAUAGCCUAAAAAAUCUCACUUUUCAGUUAGAAUCCUUAGAAAAGGAGAAUUCACAACUUGAUGAAGAAAAUUUAGAAUUAAGAAGAACAAUUGAAUCCUUGAAGUGUACAAGCAUUAAAGUGGCGCAGUUACAAUUAGAAAAUAAGGAACUGGAGAGUGAAAAGGAACAACUUAAAAAAAGCCUUGAACUCAUGAAAGCCUCAUUUAAGAAAACUGAACGCUUGGAAGUCAGCUACCAAGGCCUAGACACAGAAAACCAAAGGCUACAGAAAGCCCUUGAAAACAGCAAUAAGAAGAUUCAGCAAUUAGAAAGUGAAUUACAAGAUUUAGAGUCUGAAAAUCAGACUCUGCAAAAGAACUUAGAAGAGUUAAAAAUCUCUAGUAAGCGCCUAGAGCAAUUGGAAAAGGAGAAUAAGUUGUUAGAACAAGAGACUUCCCAACUGGAAAAAGACAAGAAACAGCUGGAAAAAGAAAACAAAAGGCUUCGACAACAAGCAGAAAUUAAAGAUAGUACUUUAGAAGAAAACAAUGUAAAAAUCAGUAAUCUGGAAAAGGAAAAUAAAACUCUAUUUAAAGAAAUAGUUGUAUAUAAAGAGUCAUGUGUACGGCUGAAAGAACUAGAAAAAGAAAAUAAAGAACUUGUGAAAAGAGCUACCAUUGAUAAGAAAACUCUUGUCACUUUACGAGAGGACUUGGUGAGUGAGAAAUUGAAGACUCAACAAAUGAACAAUGAUCUGGAAAAACUUGCCCAUGAACUUGAAAAAAUAGGCUUAAACAAGGAGCGUCUCUUGCAUGAUGAACAGAGCAGUGAUGACAG